AUGGAGGGAACACAGGAUACGUGUCCUGGCCUGGGCAGUGUGCUUCAGUGGGGUGGCUGGGGCCAGCCCGGCCAGGUAAUAGAAUGGUAGAGGAGUUGUACGCACAGAUUUUCUCAGCUAUCUGCAUCACCACUUCCCCUAUUAAAGUGGGUUCUACGCCAGAGCGGGAUUCCCCACUCAUAUUUUCCAUGACACCUGCACUUGUUUUUCUGUUUCCAGUAUCGGUCUUAGCUAAGGUGACCCCUAUUGUCAAACACUGUUCAUAUGCCAGAAUGGAGCUACAGUGUCACUCCACAGUAUGGGAAUCCCAGAGCCCUGCAGACCUGGGUUCAAAUAGUGUUUGUGUUCAUUCAAAUCCUUUAGCUGCACUUGAUUGAGCUUGCCUGGCACAAUGGGACAGAUGGAAUAGUCCCGAAAGUGCAAACCACACCCAUCUGGCACUUCAGGCAGGCACAAUCAAAAGCUCAACCUAUUUGAAAGAAAUCAAAUACUAUUUGAAGAUACUCCACACUUAGCUUUGCUUAUUGUGAAUUUACCAGCAAUUAGCUUUUCUUGUGGUUUCGCGAUAGCAUUAGGGACAUAUAAAUAGUAAGAUGUCAGUGCAAUGAAGUGCCUACAGUACUGUGUUCAUAAUAUAACCAUGCUUUCUCAUUAUAGCAAUGUAGCAAUGGUGCAAUUUCUUUCUCUCCUACUCCACUCACUGAAUCCCACCUCCAUACACGUUCCCUUCCUCCUUAAGAGGAGAGCUGAUGUCACAGGGAGGGGGCAGUCUGCCUGUGUCUAUAAGUACAGGCACCACAGAGGGAAUCUCUAUAUGAAGUGAAGCUAACCCUAACUGAGCUGUGCUGACACUGCAGUAGAGCAAAGAAACUAGUGUACCUUUUUAGUGCACUCACACAGAACUCUGGAUAGGUUCAGAUGAAUGAAUAGGUGACUGACAGACCAACAAACUUCUCUCCUCUCUGGACUCGCGUGCAGGCUCUGGACAGUAUAUCGUCACGGCCACCAGGUUUCUAUUCUCCAUCUGACGACCUCUCAUUGUAAUUUUGUAAAGUACGCUAUCAGGAUGUUUUCUCUGGUUAGUUUGAGACGGACCGUUUCUACCCUGUUCAUUCUCCUCUCCAGUGCUGCUGUCAUGGUGAGUUUCAAAGAUGCAUACUUACCUGCCUGCCCUCUUUUUGCUUUAUUUGCCAUUCCCUCUUUCUCUCUACAUUUUGCACGAUUUUAUUUUCUGUUUUUCAAAAACUAGUUUUUUACUAAAAUAAUUGUUUAACAUUUUUGGUAUUUUGUUACAAUGAAGAAAGCCACUCCAGUAUGAGAGUAUACUACUGUACUACUAGUCAUAUUAAAGAUCAGGCUGUUGAGGAAUGCAUUCCCUGCACCUCUACCCUACUGCUGCUGUGCGGACCCUAACACAUCUGUAACACUGACCCUGCUGUCUGUCUCAGGUGGAGAGUGACUGUCCUGCCCAGUGCUCUUGUGGCCCAACACUCCCAUUGUGCCCAGUGGGUGUUAGCUGGGUGACAGACACCUGUGGCUGCUGUAAGGUGUGUGCCAGGCAGUUCAACCAGGACUGCAGCCCCAGCCAGCCCUGUGACCACAUCAAGGGCCUGCACUGCCACCUGGGGGCUGGGGGAGACCCCGAGAGAGGCCUGUGCCGAGGUAAGGACCAGGAGUACCCCUAACAUCAGCGGGAGAGAGGUGGUUGGGCCAGUAUGGGAGUAUGCAGAAGUAUGGGAGUAGAAAAUGAGUCACUUCAACUCUACCUACAUGUACAUAUUACCUCAAUGACCUCGACUAACCUGUACCCCCGCACAUUGACAGGUACCCCCUGUAUAUAGCCUCGCUACUGUUAUUUUACUGCUGCUCUUUAAUUAUUUGUAUUUUUUACUUAUCACUUAUUUUUCUUAAAACUGCAUUGUUGGUUAAGGGCUUCUAAGUAAGCAUUUCACAGUUGUAUUCGGCGCAUGUGACAAAAAAAAAGUUGAUUUGAUUUGAGCAGUUGGGUAUGGGUAUUUCAGAAUUAUAAUAGAAUUUUGAUCAUUAAAGUAGAUAGUUGACAAAUGCUCAGCAUCAUGGUAACACUGCCAUUGGGGUAUAAAGUCCACUGUGCUGAUAAUGUGUCUGUGUGUCUCCCCAGCGGAGGCCAAGGGCCGGUCCUGUGAGUUCAACGGGCGUGUCUACCAGCAUGGAGAGGACUUCCAGCCCAGCUGCCAGCACCAGUGCAGCUGCAUGGACGGUGUGGUGGGCUGCAUGCCACUCUGCCCCCACCAGGUGUCCCUGCCCGACUGGCACUGCUCCCGGCCAAGGCUGGCAAAGCCCUUGGGCCGCUGCUGUGCGGAGUGGGUCUGUGACGACAACAACCACAUCAGUGAAGACCCAGAGGAACCUCCACAUGCAGCCCUGCCCAACCCACAACCCCUCCCAAACCACAUCAACAACCAGCUCCAGGCACAGCCACGCUAUCAGGCCAGCACUAGAGUCAACAUUAGAGGUACAGUAAACAGCCUAUCCCAAUGUCUCAUUCUUCCACACUCUAUCCAGGCAUAAACCUAUGUUGGUCAUAAUCUUAACCUUGUAUGUUUCUCAUAAUUGUAACCCUGUAUGUUUCUCAUAAUUAUAACCAGUGGAGGCUCCUCAGAGGAGGAAGGGGAGGACCAUCCUCCUUAGUGAAUUUCAUAAAAAUUAAAAUGGUAAAAUAUUUAAAAAGUUAUCCUUUUUAGAUAAAACUAUCCUAAAUAAUAAUAAUCACGUCACCAAAUAACUGAUUGAAACACACUAUUUUGCAAAGAAGGUCUACAGUAGCCUCAACAGCACUCUGUAGGGUAGCACUCCUCCUCUGGGUACAUUGACUUCAGUACAAACCUAGGAGGCUCAUGGUUCUCACCCCCUUCCAUAGACUUACACAGUAAUUAUGACAACUUCCGGAGGACAUCCUCCAGCCUAUCAGAGCUCUUGCAGCAUGAACUGAAAUGUUGUCCACCCAAUAAAAGGAUCAGAUAAUUAAUCUAGUACUGAAAGCAUAAACUACAGCUAGCUAGCACUGCAGUGUAUAAAAUGUGGUGAGUCGUUGACUCAAAUAGAGAGAAAGACAAUAGUUGAACAGUUUUGAACAAAUUAAUUUCUUCCAAAAUGAAGGAGAAGCAAGAGACAAAUAGAGAGAGAGAUUCUCAUUUUUUUUCACUUUCAGUUUCACUUACUUAGCUAGCAAAUGCAGCUAGCUAGUUUAGCCAACUGAAACACCCUGCUCAAACAGAGGGAUGCUAUGUUAGCUAGCUGGCUAUGACUUUCCAACACAACAAUGGAACACUUCCAAGUCAGGGUAAGCUUUUGGUAUUACUCAUUUAUUCGUACUGGGACCCGCCGGUGUAACUGCUUACUGACUGUACACUAACUUUACUUCACGAUUGUAGCAGGUUUACUUACGAGUUAACGUUAGUUCUAUUAGAUACGCUGACUAUGAUGUUACUUUAGCUAAUAUGGUGACAACUAUGUAUGCUUUGUGUAGGUUUGGAAAGGUUAUUUCGCCUGGUCACAUAUAGCUGAUGUGUUGUGCAUUGAAGUCCACAAGCGAAGAGAAGAGGUGAGAGGAGGAGAGUGCAUGGAUGCGAGAAGGAAUACAACAUGGCUGCUAUGAAAGUUAACUGUGUUUACGCGUGAUCAGGGGUGUAUUAAUUCCGUCGAUUCUGUUGAAAAAGUUUCUUAAAGGGAAGCAAACGGAACAAAACGGGGAUAAACAUACCUGAAUUUGUCUAAUAGAAACUCUCGUUUGCAACUGUUGGACUAAUGAUUACACCCUAUAUCAGCUAGAUGCAGGCAAGAGUGUCUGUCACCUCAAAUCUGUCUCUUGACCUGUGUGCACCUGCGUUGUAAACUUUCAUUCAUAGGCUAAGUUGUAGCAACCUAAUGAUGGGUAUAGGGAAAAUGUGGGUAUCAUGUAGUAGCCUAAACCUAUUGCUGUUACAUUGAACUGGAUGAAUGGAAUAUGCAUGAGAGUCAACCAAUAUGCUGUAAUAGAAAUAAGGCCAUGCUCAUAAAAAUAAAAAAAAGUCCUCCCUCAUCUUAAAUGUCACUGACCGCCAAUGAUUGUAACCCUGUAUGUUUCUCAUAAUUGUAACCUUGUAUGUUUCUCAUUAUUGUAACCCUGUAUGUUUCUCUUAAUUGUAACCCUGUAUGUUUCCCAUAAUCUUUACCUUGUAUGUUUCUCAUGGCUCUCGGUCCUCUCCUUUCACAGAGGUGGUGCCCCUCCCCAGGUCCCAGGUGUCACUAAGCACCAGAUGCUUCCAGCAGACCACUGAUUGGACGGAAUGUUCCACUACCUGUGGAAUGGGCAUCUCAAGCCGGGUGACCAAUAACAACGCAGACUGCCGGCUGGUCAGAGAGACACGACUGUGUCAAGUCCGCCAAUGUGACCUGCAACUUACCCCAGCAAUCAAGGUACAAUGAGACCCCACUCAAUGUCUGAUUUGUUUGUGGGAAAUUAUGAAGCAUAAAAUUAGAGCACAUAGAACAUUUUGAUAUUUCAUUUUUGAUAAUGAGAACCUUUGCAAUAUGACUAUUUAUUAUGGUUUAUGUAGCUCAGUUGUCUAACUGUGUGUUUGUUGACUGUGCAGAGGGGAAAGAAGUGCCAGCGUACAGUGCGCCCUCAGGAGCCAAUCAGGAUCAACUUUGCUGGCUGCUCCACGACACGGCACUAUCGACCUCGCAGCUGCGGCUCCUGUGCGGACAGACGAUGCUGCACCCCUUCACUGACCCGCACCGUCCGCCUGCACUUCCACUGUCCCGACGGAGAGGGCUUCACACGCAAUGUCAUGUGGAUCCAGCGCUGCAGCUGCAAGAAGAGCUGCCACAAUCAUGGCUCCCCCUCAAGGCCUUCUGUCAGCCUACACAAUGACAUCCACACCUUCAGGCACUGAGUUAGGAUUAGGAGGAUGCCCAACCCCAGCCUCGACACACUGGAUAGGGCUAGGGCAUGCUAGUCUCUCCCCAUCUUCCAUACACCUUCUGACCAGGGAUAGCCCUGCCUUUCAGCCCCUUCCUGGACACCAGUGUGGCUGGCAACCUCUCCCUCCUUCACCAGCACCAGACUAUGGGAGAGAGAGCCUCGGCUAGGUGGCCGCUCCUCCCAACCAGGCAGAAUUCUUGCUUGCACUUUAAGCUUCCUGACACGUUGACCCCAGUUGUCCAACAUGAGAGAUGGGUAGCUAUAUGGUGCAACUCUCUGCGGCUAGGUCCAGUUCCCCUUCCCUGCUGAUGACCCAGCCACUGAACUGUUCUGGUGGAGGAAGGGACAGCACUGAGCACAACAGACUAUAGAUGGCCUGAUGUCACUUUCUUGAUGUCAUGUUGGACUGUAAAUUAAUCCUAUUGGUUGUCUGCUUUUUACCCUUAUUAUUUAUUAUUUUUAUUUGUUAACAUUGUCAAGUCCCUCUAUAACCACAGCGGGGAAAAAUAAAGGAACGUGUAAGCAUUUAUGUGAUGGACAUAUUACUUUUUGUCAUAAUAUAGAAAUGUGUAAAUGACUGAGGCCAGUGAAUGUGUAUGUGAGUGACGACCAUGGGCAAUCCCAUACAUUUAUGAAGUGUUUUGUCAGAUACAUUCAUGGUAGAAUGAGGACAGGAUGUAAUUCUACCGAUUCAUCAAUGAUUCUACCUGUAUAUUACAUGUUGUAAAAUUCAGUGUGUGUGAGAGAGAAUGAAAGGGUGAGAAACAGAGAGUGUUUACAUGUGUGUAUUUGUGUCAUAUUACAGAGUAUAGUGUACAGACUUCACUCUUUGUUGAGUGGCAAUUUAUGCAGAUCACCUCAUUUUUCGGGGUGUGUUUUUUAUUGCCUCAUAGUAUGGAGACUUUCUUGUACUGGAGGGAAGAUUUUAUUUCAUAUUUUUAAGAUUUAUAUAUUGUUUGAAUUUGUAUCAAUAAUUCUCUGAUACAUCAAAUAAAACAUUCAAC